GAGCAGGAUGGUCUCUUGGACAUGCCUCAAGAGCUUACAUUGCCUGGAGUGGAUGGCCAUGAAGAGUUGACAAUUCCAAACAGCUGUCCCACACAGAUGAGUCACAAGUGGUACCACCAGCAUUGCCAGAUGGUACCGGCAUGGCACCACCGGCAGGUGAUGCAAAAGUUUCUGCGGCCAUACUUGGGCCAGACUCUUGCAGACCUUGCAAAUGUUGCACAGGAAUCUGCAUCUGACGAUGUUCUAACAAUCCAUUUGCGUGCCGAUGAUAUUGGACGGUAUCCCGGGUAUGAGUGGGGCCAGCCGCCCUGCAGCAUGUAUCAGAAAAUUGUCUCCGACCACGGUUACCAGACCUUGAUGAUCGUAGCGAAGGUCGUAGCGAAGGGCAAGCGUGCUGCUUGUGACAGCUGGCUGGUGGAUUAUGGACGUGUGCAUGGCAUCAACGUCAGCCGGCCGAGGGAUUCCACAGUGGCUGGUGAUUUGGCAACAUUGAUUCGUGCGAAGAAUUUGGUGCUGUCCUUCUCAAGCUUCUCGUUGGCAAGCGCGCUGCUCAGCAAGGACCUGCAGGUGAUGUACCGGCGGCGUGACGCGAAAUGGUACAGCAUCUUGCAUGCCAUCGUGAACUGCGAUGCCCCUCGGAUGCAGGAGGUCUGGACGGGCGUUACCCUGUACGAGUACAACACUAGCCUGCAAGAAGAGCGGAAAGGUUCGCCGGCAGAGUGGCUGAGAACCUUCCCCUUGGAGCAAAUCACAGGGCCUUUCACCUGUCAACACGGCAGUGAGAUUCAGCCAGAGAUCUAG